CGACCAUAAAAUGGCCUACGUGACGCUCACCAACAUCACGGUGCUCGACAACCCGACGGCGUUUACGAAUCCGUUCCAGUUUGAGGUGACCUUUGAGUGCGCCCACCCGCUCGAGGACGACCUCGAGUGGAAGAUCACGUACGUCGGGUCGGCCGAGGACGAGAGCCGCGACCAAGUGCUCGAGGAAGUCCUCGUCGGGCCCGUCCCGGUCGGCACCAACAAGUUUGUGUUCCAGUCCGAGCCGCCGAACCCGUCGCUGAUUCCGGACGAAGACAAGAUUGGCGUCACGGUCGUGCUCGUCACGUGCGCGUACAAGGGCCGCGAGUUUGUGCGCGUCGGGUACUAUGUCAACAACGACUACAGCGACCCAGCGCUCAUUGAAAACCCGCCGGCGAGCGUCGACAUUACCAAGCUCGCGCGCAACAUCCUCGCCGACAAGCCGCGCGUGACGCGGUUCCCGAUCGAUUGGGCGCCGGCGUCGCAAAUGGCCGACAUGGCCAUGCUGGACGGCAACGACCUCCUGAACGAAGAAGACUUAAUAAACGCGGCCAAGCAGCUCGACAAUUUGCACCCGGACAUUGUCAUUGGCGACGACCACGCCGCCGGCGACGACGAGAACGACGACGUCGAGAUGGGCGACGACGACGUCGACAUGGACGACGACGACGACGUCGACUCGGGCAUUGAGUUUGAAGACGACAUUUAGAGCGCACGAUAGCCACCCGAUCUAUUUUAUAAGCAAGCCCGUUGAUUCCUUGUCG